GCAUUCAUGGGCCCAUUAGAUAAUGGGCUCUAGGUUUGUUUUGUUUCUCCAGUCCAAAAACAGAAAACUGAAGCGGGAAAUUCGAACUUACUGACUAGUCGCUCGAGGUGUCGCCUAGGUCAAGCACAACAUAAGACCACGGCGGCGAUGUACAAUACAAUCGUCAAUCGGAAGGAGGAGUGUAAGGUGGAGUUUCCAAACUAAUGGCAGAGGAGGAUAUGAGAGCACAAAGGACGGUAAUGGCAUUUUUCCGUCCUCCUAGAGGUUUUCCGGGACCGGAGAGACGUCAAAGCCGAUUUGAAGAAUUCGUCCGGCGAAUAAGGAAGAGAAAAGGCAGUAGCGGUGAGAAAGCAAGGGCGAUGAAGACCUGAACGGCGUCGUUUUGGUUUAGCAAGGACGAUGAAGACCUGAACAGCGCCGUUUUGGUUUAGCAAGGGCGAUGAAGACCUGAACGGCAUCGUUUUGGUUUAGCAAGGGCGAUGAAGACCUGAACGGCAUCGUUUUGAUUUAGCAAGGGCGAUGAAGACCUUAACGGCGUCGUUUUGAUUUAGCAAGGGCGAUGACGGCGACGUUUCGGUUUAUCUCCGACAUGAUAAUCUUCCGUCCUGUGCAAUUGAUUAUCCGAUGCAAAAGCUACGGGGAGAGGAAAAAGCCGGCCGGUGAAUAAACACUCGUCCGUUUUCUUUUUUUCCAAGUAUCAACUACAUGUCGUUUUGUCGCAUCGUAGAAUGGCAGGCAGUGUAAAAGCAAAUUGGGGGACUUGAGGGUGCAGAGCUUGAUCGUGACAGUGUGGGGUCCAGCUACGAUAACCGAAUUCUAUUUCCUCUAGCGUCACGUGCGGUUAUUUAUAUUGUACGUACGUGUCACAAUAUGAGAGGGUUACUAGUGAAAUUCUCAGUCACAGUGGCGUAUCGUUAGCAGUGCUCAUGACAUGCUCCUCCCUCUCCCUCUGAUCACUACUCAAUAGUCGCGACGAGUCGGUUCUCUCUGUUUCUGGGUUGCUCGUGAGGUGAAGCAAUGUUUUACUCUCAUCAGCUUCUAGCUCGGAAAGCUCCGUUAGGUCAGAUAUGGAUGGCCGCUACGUUGCACGCGAAGAUCAAUCGGAAGAAGCUGAACAAGCUCGAUAUCAUUCAAAUCUGCGAAGAGAUUCUCAAUCCGUCGGUUCCAAUGGCUCUCAGACUUUCUGGGAUUUUGAUGGGUGGGGUUGUGAUCGUAUAUGAGAGGAAAGUAAAGCUCCUUUUCGAUGACGUCACUCGCCUUCUGGUGGAAAUUAAUGGAGCUUGGCGCACAAAAGCUGUUCCUGAUCCUACUUUACUACCCAAAGGAAGAACCCACGCCAGGAAAGAGGCUGUUACAUUGCCUGAGAAGGAAGAAGCUGAUUUUGGGGAUGUUGAACAGACUCGGAGUCAGUUACCCAAAUUUCCCAAUUUCAUGGAUUUUCAGCAGUCUUAUAUCUCCAUGCGGUUAGAUGAACCCAAUGUCAACGAGCAAGAAGAUCUUGGACAGCAUUUCCAUCAAGCUGAUGCCGAGAAUAUCACACUCUUCGAGUAUCAUGCUUCAUACCAGACUAAUACUGAGACCUAUGAUCGUUUUGAAAGAUUUGACAUCGAAGGAGAUGAUGAAACUCAGUUGAACUUCAAUCCACCAGAAGGCGCGCAAAUACCCCCAGUGCUGAUCCCAUCACCACCUCGUCAUCAUGACUUUUCUGAAGGAGGCAAACCCACAAGCCCUUUGCGGCAGGAGCAACAAGAGGAGGGGAGGGAUGCAUUUGCUGAGCAGACGGGGGAACAAAACAUACCGGACAGAGAGGACCAAGAUAUACCACGGCCAACAAAAAGAAGAGCAAGAAGGACAGCUACUUCAGCAAUGGAUUAUGAGCAGACAAUUAUCGCUGGUAAUCAAUACCAGUCAUGGCUCCAGGAUACUUCUCACAUUCUCCUGAGGGGAAAAAAGAGAAAGGCUCGAGGACCCGCCAGCCCAAGUUUUGAGGUUACUAAGCGUAUGAAGCUGCCACUUACACAACUCUUUGAAGAGCAUGUGGACGGUUCGUACCCACCUCAGCUCAUGGAACUUUGGUCAAAAUGCACCCAUCCUCUUCAAACCUCUACAUCUGAGACUGGACGCCCUGAUCUCUCUGCGGAGCAAUCUCCAGGGUUUGUCCAGGAGAGAAUGCAAAACCACGACCAAACAGACCAUCAUCAGGGCACUGAGACAAGCUUCCAAAAUCUUGGUAGUCCCGCAGAAAGAUUUCGUAACGCUCUCGCUGAGAAAGAUGGUUCAAUAGAAGGCCUGAUGGCUCGAUCUCGAGCAAGCGCUGAAAAUAAUAACCGCAAGUCUGCUGCCGAUAUUAGCGUUACACCAUUAUAUUCUGGAGAUGACGUGAGAUCCAUACCUAGCAGCACACCAUCCGCACGUGGGGCAGCUUCCAUUAACAUAGAAAUCAACUCUAACAGUCGCAGGCUCAGCAGAAAAAGGCAACAUUCCUCGCCAAGAAGAGGACUCGAACCAGUAGCGGAAGACAGAACGUCGGAGCACCGUGCUUAUGAGUUUGAGUUUUCAAUGUUACCUGAAAAGGGGUUUACAGCUGAUAACGAAGUACUAGCUGAGACUGGACCUACACAAACUCAAAAGCCAGUGACCACUCACUCAGACGAGAAGAUAACAGAUAGCAUCAAAAGUCACCUCAAGACGCACUUUGAAACACCUGGAGCUGCUCAAGUGGAAUCUCUUAACAAACUCGCUAUUGGAAUGAAAAGAAACGCUGCAGCUCAACUCUUCUACCAAUCCUGUGUGCUAGCCACUCGCGGAGUGAUCAAGGUGGAGCAAACACAGCCUUAUGGGGACAUUCUCAUUGCAAGAGGACCCAAUAUGUAAAGGCUUUUGAUAUUUGAGAUGAAAGGUUAUUUAGUUUUUCAUAUUUAAGCAAAGAGAGAGUCCUGUAGACUUUAAAAAUUAUAACGGCGUAGUACUACUUCCUUCAUACAUCAUCAUCCUCGCUUCCUCCGAAACAUAUCUAAUUAUUUUUAAAAGAUUUUUAUUUGAUCUGGUUUGUUUAUA